ACUACCGCUUGUUCGUUCGCUGACCUCGUCGUGUUCUUCUGCAAACUUUAUACGAAGUGAAAACUGAAUCAAAUUCUUCUGCAAACUUUAUACGAAGUGAAAACUGAAUAAAGUUCAGUUACUUAGAUAGCGUCACGAUAUGGGCGUGCACGCGCAACUGGCCGCCGUCAUGGAGUCGCUCGUGCACGCCGCCGUCUUUCAGCUCCAGAAGCUGGAAGAGGAAGAGAAAGAAUCCGGAAUGGAAGAGGAAGAAAAGGAAGAGGAGCGGGUAGUUGUGCGCCGACAGAAGGUGGUGUGCUUCGCCGCCAUCAUGGAGAGUCUGGCCAAUGAGGCGCUUGGGAAGAUGGUCAACAUUGUGGAUGUCCACCUGUCGGAGGCGGAGUCCAAGCGGUGCUUCGUCAGCAUCCUCAACCAAGAUGGCGUCGAGGCGGAGCACUCGUACAGCGCCCCCGCAGCCGGUCGGGACGCCUCGCCGCUCGCUCAGGAGGAACUUGGCCACGCCGAAACGCCGUUGAUCCUGGCUGUCACCAUCAAAGACCCUGCCGCCAUCGCCGAGCGUGAGAGCCCGGUAACGCCGCCUUGGAACCGUCGUCCAGCGAGCUCGGACUCUGAGGAGUGGCCGCAGGAGGGCGCCACGCGCGGCAGGAAGUUGUUCACGCCUCGGAGCGGCGGGCAGCCGCACGUGUGCCGGCAGUGCGGGAAAUGUUUCGCCAAAGCGGCGCAGCUCAAGACGCACGCCGUGGUGCACACGGGUGAGAAGGCCUUCGCCUGCGACCUCUGCGGCCGGCGCUUCACCCUCAGACAGAACUUGCAGCGACACGCCCACAGCCACACGGGCAGGAAGUUCUUCACGUGCGGCGUGUGCGGCAAAGGCUUCACGCGCGCCGUCACGCUCAGGACGCACCAGCUGAUCCACACGGGACAGAAGCCGCUCAAGUGCCAGCACUGCCCCAAAAGCUUCCGCCACGCCAUCAACCUGAAGAACCACCUGAGCGUGCACAGCGACGUGCGGCCCUUCGCCUGCGACGUCUGCGGCAAGACCUUCCGCCAGGCCUUCAACCUGAAGAUUCACGGCCGCGUCCACACCGGCGAGCGGCCAUAUUGCUGCCAGCUGUGCGGCAAGACCUUCAGCCAGCAGAGCAGCCUGAUCACGCACGGCCGCACGCACUCGACCGAGCGCCCCUUCGCCUGCGCCUCCUGCGACAAGAGCUUCAACAACGCCAACAGCCUCAAGCUGCACGUGCGCGUGCACACGGGCGAGAAGCCCUACGGCUGCGACGUGUGCGGAAAGACCUUCAGCCAGGGCAGCCAUCUUCGCACGCACAAGAGCCACGUGCACGCCGGCGGCAAGCGCUACAUCUGCGACAAGUGCGGCAAGCGCUACGCCGACCCGCGCAACUUGAAAAUGCACAAGUGCGGCUACGCCUGACUGCAU